UAGCCCAAUGGGAGAGCAAAGGGAGAGCCCAGUAACUCUGCAAACCAAUUGCCUUCGCUAUGUUAUGUCGGUCUCAUAGAGAUGCUCAGGUAGAGCUCUGUCCCAUCAUCUUUACCAUUUUUACCUUCUCUUCCCAAUUUUGACCCUUCUGUUCAAAAUUUUUUAUUUUUUUUCCAUGUUUAGUUACUGCUUCUGUCCUCUCAUUUCACUUCCUUUUCCAUGCAACUGCAACACUAACACUAUCAUUUUCUCCAUCACGCCUUCAAUUCUUUACCAAAGCAAAUUCGACAAGGGUUUCCAUGCAGCUUUAAUUCUCUCUCUUUUUCUCUUUCAAUGGCACAGGGAUUAAGGUAGGGACUGCUUCAUAUUCCUUUUCUUUCUUCCCUUUUGCCCAUCGAUAUUCAUCAAACAAAGAUUGUAAAAAAGCUUGCAUAGUUUGGUCUCUUGUCUCCACUCUCCAUUACUCUCUACAUCUGAUAUUUCAUUCUUAUAUAUCUGUUUUGGCUUUAGUUUCUUAGUGGGUUCCUGGCAUUCUUGCUUAUCUAUGGCCCCUUCUGUUUCCCUUUGCCUUUUGGGUGUUCUACUUGUUUUGGCAGGUGAUGAGGUGAUUGCACUAUCGAGAAACUCAGUUAGGGGAGAUAUGGUGAUGGAGGAAGAGGAGCUUUUCGGGCUAUUUGAGGUUCUUGGUGCACUUCUGGAUGAUCCUGAAUGGGCUCAAGUGCACCCACAACCAUGCACUGACACUCCAUGGCCUGGUGUUCAAUGUGAGCUCGCUGAUGACCCUCCAAUCUUUCACGUCACAAAGAUUCAUGUUGGUCCUGAUAUUAUUAACCCUCCUUGCAAAACUACUGCUCAUCUGUCAAGUUCCUUGCAGAAGCUACCUUACCUAAAAGUUCUUUCUAUUUUUAGCUGUUUCGUAACAUCUGAUCCUGUCAUUCUUUCUCCUACACUUUUUGAAAAUUUAUCCUCCUUGGAGCAUCUAGCUCUUGGUUCCAAUCCAGCUCUCUCUGGACAAAUACCCUCAAGUUUAGGACACAUUACCAGCCUAAGAGUUCUGACCCUGUCCCAGAAUAAUCUACGAGGAAACAUCCCUCAGGAGCUUGGUGGCUUGUUAAAUCUAGAGCAGCUUGACCUAAGUUACAAUAAUCUAAGUGGAGAAAUUCCUGAGGAGAUCGGACGGUUAAAAAGUUUGACCAUUAUGGACGUAAGUUGGAACAGUCUUGAAGGGCAGGUUCCUUAUUCUUUGGGUCAGCUUAAUCUUCUCCAAAAAAUUGAUUUGGGAUCUAACAAGCUUGUGGGAAGGGUACCUGCAGAUUUGGGGAAGCUAAAGAGGUUAGUUUUGCUUGAUUUGAGCCAUAAUUUUAUCAAUGGACCAAUGCCUGUAACCCUCUCAGGAUUGGUACAGUUACAGUACCUCAUACUUGACGACAAUCCUAUAAAUUCAGGAAUACCCUUGUUUGCGGUGUCCCUUAAAAGGCUUACAUCAAUAAGUUUGUCAGGAUGUGGAUUAACAGGUCCAAUACCGAAUUCUCUGUCUUCAUUGAAAAAUCUUACAGCUCUUUCUCUAGACAACAACAGCCUCACUGGGACAGUUCCUCCAAGCUUGGGAUCACUUCCAAAUCUUGAUCAACUAAAUGUGAGCAACAAUCAGCUAAGUGGAGAGCUACUGCUCCCAGAAAAGUUCAUUGGCAGGCUUGGCAAAAGAUUAGAUGUUAGAGGAAACAGCCGAUUGUGUACUAGCAACAAGAGAAACUUUUCUUUCUAUCUGGAGACUCCAGCUUGCUUGGAUAAAAUAGGCAAUGGUGAUCAUAAAAUUUGUCCUGAACAGAACCAAGAUGAGGCCAAGGGAAUGCAAUCUUCUUCAUGGUUCCAUGGGAAGAUGAAAAGUUCAAAUAAUGGUGUAGCAUUUUCUGAUCAAAAGCAUCUUCUAUGUACUUUUCUUCUUUCCUUUCUGUCUUUCUUUCUGUAACAUCAUUUAUAUACAUGCACACUUCUUUUUUC